GUGAUUUCUGCCUCUACCUCUGCUACAUCUUUUUCUCUCUCAUUGUCUCACUUUCUCCCUCUUCUUCUCUAUAAAUUCACCUCUUUUUUCCUGCAUUUCUGUACUACUUCAGCUCUGUUUUGUUCAGCCUGUCAAAAUGACGCGCUUUAUGCUCUUUCUGUUUGCUUUCAUUUUGCUCUUAGCUGCACCUGCUUUUGCUGCCAAGUACUACGAAGGGUACUUGCAAAAUGGCAACUUUGAGGAGCCACCAAAGAAGACUGACCUUGACAAGACUGUGCUCAAGGGAAAAUACGCAUUACCCAAGUGGGAAAUCAGUGGCUUUGUUGAGUACAUCUCUGGUGGGCCGCAGCCGGGUGGGAUGUAUUUUCCCGUGGCUCAUGGAGUCCAUGCCGUGAGGCUUGGGAAUGAGGCAACAAUUUCUCAAACCAUAGCGGUGAAAAAAGGGUCUGUUUAUGCAUUGACAUUUGGUGCAUCAAGGACAUGUGCACAAGAUGAGGUGUUGAGACUCUCAGUGCCUCCUCAAUCUGGGGACCUGCCUUUGCAAACAUUGUAUGACAGUAAUGGUGGAGACGUUUAUGCUUGGGGAUUCAAAGCCAAUUCUACUUCUGUUAAAGUGAUUUUCCACAACCCUGGAGUCCAAGAGGAUCCUGCUUGUGGUCCACUUAUUGAUGCUGUUGCUAUUAAGGAGCUAUAUCCUCCAAUGCCCACCAGAGAUAAUUUGGUAAAGAACCCUGGCUUUGAAGAGGGUCCAUACCGGCUGGUGAACUCUACCAAUGGAGUCCUUCUUCCUCCCAGACAAAAGGAUCUCACAUCUCCACUCCCUGGCUGGAUCAUUGAGUCACUUAAAGCUGUCAAGUUCAUAGACUCAAAGCACUUCAAUGUACCCGCAGGAAAUUCUGCAGUUGAGCUUGUUGCUGGCAGAGAAAGUGCCAUUGCACAGAUUCUUAGAACAGUUCCCAACAAAGUCUACAAUCUAACAUUCGCAGUUGGAGAUGCCAAGAAUGGCUGCCAUGGAUCCAUGAUGGUUGAAGCGUUCGCUGCAAAAGACACCCUCAAAACUCCAUUCCAGUCACAAGGAAAAGGUCUGUUCAAGACAGUUGGUUUCAAGUUCAAAGCACUUGAACCCAGAACAAGAAUCACUUUCUUUAGCUCUUAUUACCACUCUAAGAUUAAUGACUUUGGAUCUCUUUGUGGCCCUGCCAUUGAUCAAGUUCGGGUCUACCCAGUUUCUCGAAGAUAAAUUUACCAUCACCAGAGCACUUUUUUAUUAUUGUUAAGUUAUAGAGAUUUUGCUACUAUGACUUGAUCGGACUUUUGUAUAUUUGGCUGUUAUCAGGCACAUGCUCUACGUUUAUUUUAGUCCAAAGUUUGGAAUCUUUUGUGUUUUCUAGUAGUAGAGUCGGUCGAAACAGGGCUACAUCAUACAUGGAUAAUGAUAGAAUGAGUGAGAUUGAAUUUUCUAUUACAAGGUCUGGUCAAUUUCAAAAUCUAAAUAAACUUCCCAAUGGCAAUGGAAGUUCAAUCAA